GCUCGCCCUUUCCUCCAUAACCCGCCCGAUACUUCUCUCACUACCCUCGCGCUCAAGGAGCCCACAAUGCCCGAGACGUUCAAGUACACCUUCGACACCCCUGUCUUCAAGGGCGAUGUGGAGGUCCCCUUGGGUCUCUAUAUCGACGGCAAGUUCGUCGAUGGAUCCAAUAGCACUUACAUUGAUGUGAUCAACCCCACGAAUGGCAAGACCACGACUCGCAUCUCGGAGGGUACUCCCAAGGAUGUCGAUAUCGCCGUCAAGGCCGCCCACAAGGCAUUCGAAACCACAUGGGGUCUGAACACGACCGGUGUCGAUCGUUCGCGCCUUCUGAACAAGCUCGCCGACCUCAUGGAGAAGGAACAGGAUGUCCUGUCUGCGCUCGAGGCACUCGACAACGGCAAGACAUUCAACUGGGCCAAGCGAGGGGACGUCAGCCACUCGAUUACCUGCAUCCGCUACUACGCCGGCUGGGCAGACAAGGUCCUCGGCCAGACGAUCGAGACCUCGGAGGCGAAGCUCACAUACACGCGCCACGAGCCCAUCGGCGUUGUGGGACAAAUCAUCCCCUGGAACUUCCCUCUGCAAAUGAUGGCGUGGAAGAUUGGUCCCGCACUCGCGACAGGCUGCGCGAUCGUCCUGAAGCCGUCAGAGUUCACCCCCCUUACCGCGCUGUACAUGGCGAAGCUCAUCGACCAGGUCGGCUUCCCCGCGGGUGCAUUCAACCUCGUGAACGGUUACGGUAGCAUCGUCGGCCAGGCACUCGCUGAGCACCCUGAUAUCGAGAAGAUCGCGUUCACUGGUAGCACACUCGUCGGCCGCAAGAUCAUGGAGGCGUCCGCGAAGUCGAACCUGAAGAAGGUUACGCUCGAGCUCGGCGGCAAGAGCCCAACAAUCGUGUUCGACGACGCCGACUUGGACCAGGCCGUCAAGUGGGCUGCGUUCGGUAUCUACUACAACCAUGGGCAAUGCUGCUGCGCAGGGUCCCGUAUUUUCGUGCACGCGAACAUCUACGACGAGUUCCUGCAGCGUUUCACGGCGCACACGCAGACGCUCAAGGUUGGCGACCCGUUCAGCCCGGAGACGUUCCAAGGCCCGCAGAUCAACCAGCAGCAGUACGACCGCAUCAUGGGCUACAUCGAAUCCGGCAAGGCGGAGGGCGCAAAGGUCCAUUACGGCGGCCAUCGCGUCGGCAACGAAGGCUACUACAUCUCGCCCACGAUCUUCACCGAGACGAAGCCGAACAUGAAGAUCGUCCAGGAGGAGAUCUUCGGGCCCGUGUGCGUGGUGAUCAAGUUCUCGGACGACGACGACAUCGUGAAGCAGGCGAACGACUCGGUGUACGGCCUGGCGGCGGCGGUGUUCUCGCAGAACGUGACGCGCGCGCUGUCGACGGCGCAUAAGCUUAAGGCAGGCACGGUAUGGGUGAACGUAGCGAACAUGCUGUACCCGAACGUGCCGUUCGGUGGGUACAAGCAGUCGGGUAUUGGCCGCGAGCUUGGAGAGUAUGCGUUGGCAAACUACACAGCUGUGAAGGCUGUCCAGGUGAACCUCUUGAUUAAGAUGUAA